UUCAUCGUUCAUAGAACAGAACUAUACACUCAACAGCCUUGGUGUUUUCUCAGGAUGCGUUGGCUGUACGAUGUGUCAACGUAUGUCUCCAUCAAUGCUUGUGAAAGUUUCGAUUUGCCGCAUGAGGAAGUCCCUCCCAGGUUCCUCUCUGCUGAGUUCCUGAAUGCGGUGAUGAGGCACAGCAGCACAACUGACACUCGCAGCGCCUGAUCCGGUGACUUCAUGGAGACACUCCAGCCCUGACAUGUCCUCGGAGGAUCGCGCCUGCAUGGAGCUCCAGGCCUGGACGCUGAGGAGCCUGCUGGAGCAGCUGGAGCGGCAGGAAGCGGAGGACGAGGCCAGCAGCAUCUCCGGAGAGUUUCUGAGGCUGAAGAAUCAGUCCACCAAGUAUCGGGCCGACAAAACGUUCCCCACCAAGUCUGCAGAGAACCAGGAGAACAUCAAGAAGAACAGAUACAAGGACAUCGUCCCCUACGACCACAGCAGAGUGCCGCUCUCGCUCCGCACCUCCAGCCAUGACGGAGACUACAUCAAUGCCAGCUUCAUCCAGGGCGUGGGGGGCCCGCGGGCCUACAUCGCCACUCAGGGCCCGCUCCCACACACGCUGGUGGACUUCUUCAGGAUGAUCUGGGAGUUCAACAUUCAGGUGGUGGUGAUGGCGUGUCGGGAGUUCGAGAUGGGGAAGAAGAAGUGUGAGCGCUACUGGCCACUGCCGGAGGAGCCGCCCUUUGUCUGCCAGGCCUUCAGCGUCUGCUGCGAAAGCGAGGAACACAAAGGCGACUACCUGACCCGAACGCUGGAGGUGACCUUCAACAGUUGCAGCCGGACGCUGAAGCAGCUGCACUACGUCCACUGGCCGGACCACGGCAUUCCCGACUCUAUUCCCCCUAUUCUGGAGAUGUUAGCGGAGAUGCGCUUCUACCAGCCUCACGACGACGUUCCCAUCUGCAUCCACUGCAGUGCUGGGUGUGGACGGACCGGGGUUCUGUGUGCCAUUGACUUCACCUGGACCCUGCUGAAGAACCGGAUGAUUCCUUCAGACUUCAACAUCUACAACCUGGUCCAUCAAAUGAGAACUCAGCGGCAGUCGCUGGUCCAGACCAAGGAGCAGUACAAGCUGGUGUACGGAGCCAUUCGCUUGCUCUUCACCAGGUUCCUGAGACAGAUGGAGGAGGAGCAGACUGACCCGGCACCACCAGUGCUCCAGGCGAAGCAUGGACCCCCUGAGUGGAUGGAUGAUCUGCGGGAGGACGAGGAGGACGCUCCCCAACAGCACCUCUCUUCCUCUUCAGAUGGUGAUGACGUCAUCGCGUCCCCAGAAUGGCAGCAGCAGCACGCGACACACUCCCAUCUGGAAGCAGAAGCUUCGGGCCUCACUGUGGAGGAUCCGUACUUUGAAGCCUUUGAGGAGGUGGGACGGUGGGAGGGUGAGGUUCCUCUGAUUCACCUGGAGGAGCAGACGGAGCAGCACUGCUCCUCCAGCACAGUUUCAGGUGAUGAAGAUGACCCUCCUCCUCUCCCUGAGAGAACCCCAGAGUCGUACCUCCUGGCUGCUCCUGAAGGUGAUGCUGCGCCAGGGCCGCUGUCACUCAUCGUUCCACCCGGUGAAGUCACUGCGGGUGGUCCACCUUCACCUGUGCCCCCACUCCCCGAGAGAACCCCCGAGUCUUUUGUCCUGGCAGUGGAUCCAGACCAACCUCAGCAGGAGUCUGUGACCCCGUAUGUCAACCUGGACCGACUGGGACUAUCUUCAGAAUGGUCCGGAACCUCCUCGCCAGCGGCCCACAGACCUGAGAGGGACUCGUGGUCCAGGAGUAAGAGUUUAAGAACGAAAGCGCCGUCCCACGCUCCUGCACUGAGGCCGAUUCUGGCCCCGCCCCUUCCUCCCCCAACUCAACCUGAGAGUUUGACUCCGCCCCUUCCGGAACAAACAUCCUUCAUCCUCCAGACUGAGAACGGUGAGUUUUGGAAUGUGAAAACGGUGUGCUUCUGGUUUGGCGUCUCACGACUGGUCCAGGUGCUGCAGAACAGCGGCAGGUUGUCCGUCGGCCGGAGUCGCUCGCUGACCCCACGUGGAACCACCAGGAUCAGGGCAGGAAGCUCCUGGACGUCGUCUUCACCCGCAGCAAAACCAUUCGAGCCAAAAGUUCCAGACCUGUGUCCCAGGUUCAGCCAGCAGUCAACGGCGAGGGUGAGUGGCGUCCAGCUGUCCUCUGGCUCAGCUCUUCCUCCACAUAUCCCGGGUCCCAUCAAAGCACCGUUCUACCCUCCAGCAGCCUCUGCGGCGUCAGAGCGGAGCCUCAGCUCGUCCCUCAACACGGUGGCAGGCGACAGCACCGCGGACCGAAGCGAGGAGAAGACCUUCAGCCGGAGCAGGAGCCUCAGACUGUUCCGGAGCAAGAACAAACAGAAAGCUUCAGGCCCGGCAGCGGCGCAGACGCCGACACGUCCCUUCUUGUCUUCUGGGUUCAAACUGGGGUUCGGGAUCCGGAUUGGGAAGCCCAAAGGACCCAGGAACUACCCAGACUCAUGGUUCUGACUCGAUUAGUUUUCAUUGAAAUCAUUACAUUCCUGCUCAGAAUUCCUUUCAUGCAAAACUAUUGUGAUGCGUUCUGCUGAGAACAAACCUCAGAAGCACAAACAUUCAUUUUCGCUGCUUCACAAGCGUCGACCUCUCCACC